UAAGUUAUUAAUGGAUAUGGACUAUGCAAGAAGCAGAGGAUCACUUUUCAAUACAUCAAACGUCACAUUUAGUCUUAACAUGUUAUCUAGACUAUGAAGUCUUUUCUGUUCUGAAUGUGGAAGAAAGAAGAAGGAACAACAGAAUAAUCUAACAACUAUUUAAUCUUACCCGAGUUUUAUGAUCUAAGUUACAUGGUUUUAAUAUGUACGAUAGUACAAAUACAUAUGAUGAUGAUGUUGAUGAUGAUAUACCUACACAGUACGUCAUUCAACAAAGCUUCCAGGAUAGUCACAAGAGGGGAACAGUGACUACAUCAAAGAAUGACAGCCUUAAUUUUCCCACAAGUGAAAAACACAGGGAGAUAGUCACUGCAAUUCAGAGAGGUGAAGAAGAAGUUUUGCUCAAGCUGAUGAGGAAUGGCUCUGCUUUUCGGGAAACAGAUGCAGAAGGUUGCCUUCCUCUGCAUGAAGCUGCAGCCCAACCAAACAAGAAUAUUCUUGAAAUCAUUCUGAAAGCUUCACACCCUGUUGUGUGGCAAGAGACAAAUUUGAAAGGAGAAACUCCUCUGUUCGUAGCAGUAGACAAAUGUCUUGUGAAAAAUGUGCACUUUCUGCUCCUUAAUGGAUUUAACCCCAAUGUUAAGAAUGAAGAGGGAGACUGUGCUUUAUUUACUGCAAUUACACAUGGAUCGUAUGAAAUGGCUUCCUUGCUGAUACAGUUUGGUGCCGAUAUCAAUCUACAGUGUGUUAACAAGCGGACUGCUUUACAUGAGGCAGCCAGAUUAGGUCUAAAAGACAUAGUAGAGCUUCUGCUUUCUGCUAAAGCAGACCCAGAUCCUCCGAGUUCUUAUGGGCUCACACCUCUAGCCCUGGCAGCACAGAACGGGCAUACAGAAAUUCUGGAGAUCUUAUUACGUAAAGGCGCCAAUGUUCUCUCGCAGGCAUCUGACUGUGCAUCCAUACUCUUUGAAGCUGCUGGAGGAGGAAAUCCAGAUUGUGUCUCUCUCUUACUGGACUAUGGAGCUGAUGCUAAUGUACCAAAGCACUCAGGUCAUUUGCCUAUCCACAGAGCUGCUUACAGAGGACACUUUUUAGCUUUGCAGAUCUUGGUUCCAGUGACAAAUUAUUCUGCCAUAAAGGAGAGUGGGAUCAGUCCAGUUCACUCAGCUGCAGCAGGAGGACAUCCUCAGUGCCUUGAAUUCCUUCUCAAAUCUGGCUUUGACGCCAAUUUUAUGUUACAUCAGAGAAUUCGCAAAGGUUAUGACGAUGAAAGGAAAUCAGCCUUGUAUUUUGCAGUCUCUAAUGGAGAUCUUACCUCAGCUCAGAUGCUUCUGGAGGCUGGAGCCCUUCCAAACCAAGAUCCAGUGAACUGUCUCCAACUGGCCUUGAGAAUGGGCAGCUAUGAGCUCAUUAACCUCCUGCUUCGCCAUGGGGCUAAUGUGAACUACUUCUGUAGGGUUAAUACAACACAUUUCCCAUCAGCUCUGCAGUAUACAUUGAAAGAUGAAGUCAUGUUAAGGAUGUUGCUGAAUUAUGGGUACAAUGUUCACCAGUGUUUUGACUGUCCUCAUGGAGACAAUGUACACUCCCAGUACAUGUUUGAGGGGUGGACCUCAACUGUUAUCAAAGACACAAUGUUCUGUGACGUGAUAACCUUGUCCUGGCUACGGCACCUAUCUGGAAAAGUAGUGCGUAUCAUGCUAGAUUAUGUCGACCAUAUCAGAAUCUGCUCUAAGCUUCAAGUUGUUCUUCAAGAGCAAAAGCUAUGGCCAGAAAUCAACGCAAUUUUGACAAACGCCCGGUCUUUGCAACAUCUUUGCCGUCUGAGAAUCCGGAAGUGUUUAGGACGUUUGCGUCUACGUUGUCCUGUCUUCUUGACAUUUUUGCCACUACCAAACCGUUUAAAAGACUAUAUACUUUAUAAGGAGUAUGAUCUCUAUGGACAAGGAAAUUUAGAAGGAUUCUACUAACUGAGGCCUAUGUAACUGGGUUUGUGCCUUAUAUCCAUUCUACAUAAAUAGCCUCUUAUGUAAGUUUUAAAACAUAAUUUUAACAACUAAUCUGAAUAAUAUUACUUGUUUUUAUGAAGGAUAAAACCAGCACCUGAGUAAUUUUUUUAUAAUUCCUAUAAAGCAAAAUCUACUGGAGAAUAAAAACAUAGUAUGCCAUCAUCUCUAAUAAGAAAGAAGCCUAAAGCUUCUAACACUGUUAUUCUGAUAUCAAUGUUACGGGAGGAAUGAAGACUAUGUGUUUUCACUCAUAUUAGUGUAAUCAGGUGACUUUAAAAGCACAAAACUAUGUCUUCUUCCACAAUUCAUUGGGAAAAGAUAAAUUUUCAAUCUGUUCCCUCUAUAAUUAGAUGAUUAAAUAUUUCAGUCUUCUUUCUCACUGGUGUAGUAGUUAAAGGUGUUCAGGAAAAUUAAUUAAAAACAACACAUAAAUUUGUAACUGCCCACAAGAACUUGAUG